UUAUUCUACAAGAAAUAAAUCAGAAUUUGCUUACAGCAUUGCAAAUUACACCAUCUCUUCUCUUCUCUUCGAUGAGUUGUCUUCAUUGCCGAGACAGAGAAAGAAGAGACAGAGUUUCUAGCAUAUGUUCUUCAUCAAAAUUCUCCACCUAACAAUAAUUCUCUCAACGUUACCUUUAUUCCUCAAUUCGAUAUCUUGUUUGGUUUUGUCUUCGUUGUUCCUGUUGAAUUAUUCGUUUUCAGCUAACUUAGUUUAUUUCAUCUCCUAAAUUCAAAUAUUCUUACAUGCCCUUUUCAUCUUAACCAUCUCCAUUCUUAUAAAACUUCCAAAGCUUCAAUUUUAAACAGAGAAGCAGUUCCGUAUAUUGGUAUUGAAAACUUAGGAUUCAUGGGUAGAGGUAGGUUGCAAGGGCAAGGUGUUGAAUCUGGUAACAACGAUAUAGCAAUACGUAGUUCUGGAAUCAAGUUUGAACGGUAUUCAGUCGAGAGUAAAGUUAGUCCAACUAGUUUAUUUGCAAGCAUUGGUCAAGCAGGAUUUGGUUUUGGGAUUUCACCAAAUCCUCCAACUGCUACUACUAGAGACAGUGGCACCAAACCUCCGUUGGUUAAUUCUUCCACGAAAUAUGUUUUAAUGCCUGAAGCCGGUUUUCGAAGCACGGGGUUUCAAGGGUUAUUGAGUGGUGAGGCAGUUGAAGUUGACAAGGAAGGCCAUGGCAUGAAGAAGAAAAAGAAGAUGAAGGGGUUUAAAUUGAAGUUUAAGAUUGGGAAUCCAUCAUUGAGGAGGUUGAUGAGUGGGGCAAUUGCUGGUGCAGUGUCAAGGACAGCCGUGGCACCGUUGGAAACCAUAAGGACUCAUUUGAUGGUGGGGAGCUGUGGGCAUAGUACAAUUCAAGUGUUUCAAUCUAUUAUGGAGACCGAUGGAUGGAAGGGCUUGUUCAGAGGCAAUUUUGUAAACAUCAUCCGAGUUGCGCCAAGCAAGGCCAUUGAGUUAUUUGCAUAUGACACUGUCAAGAAGCAAUUAUCUCCGAAACCUGGAGAGCAGCCUAUAAUCCCAAUUCCCCCCUCAUCAAUUGCGGGUGCUGUUGCUGGUGUUAGCUCUACCCUAUGUACAUACCCUCUUGAACUACUCAAAACUCGCCUCACUGUUCAGAGAGGGGUGUACAAGAACUUACUCGACGCAUUUGUGAGGAUCGUUCAAGAGGAAGGUCCUGCAGAAUUGUAUAGGGGCCUCGCCCCUAGUCUAAUUGGUGUAAUCCCUUAUGCUGCAACAAACUACUUUGCUUAUGACACACUUAGAAAAGCUUACAAGAAAGCUUUCAAAAAGGAGGAGAUUGGGAAUGUGAUGACUCUUCUAAUUGGAUCAGCUGCUGGUGCAAUUUCGAGUAGUGCAACAUUUCCACUUGAGGUGGCUCGUAAGCAUAUGCAAGCUGGGGCUCUAAAUGGAAGACAAUAUGGGAACAUGCUUCAUGCACUUGUGAGUAUACUUGAAAAGGAAGGAGUUGGUGGCUUGUAUAGAGGUUUGGGACCAAGUUGCUUAAAAUUGGUUCCUGCUGCUGGGAUUUCUUUCAUGUGCUACGAAGCUUGCAAGAGGAUACUUGUUGAAAAUGAACAAGAUUAAUUACAAGUGGAUCACUGCAUAUUCUUUCCAUGGGAUAUAUUGGCAUUGUUUUGUGUUUAUGAAGAGGGAAAUAAUUUGUCGAGCUAAUUUUUGGUUUUGCAGAUUUUGCUUUUCCUUGCAUAUUUGACCAUUUCAACUAGGGUGUUUCUUUUAAGUUGCAUUGGCUUUAAGGAAAAAAGUUGUAUUGAUUACAGACUCUAAUUUAUUUUACAAUCAAUUGUGUUUCAUAUUUUG